AUGAGCGCCAUAGAAGCCCUCUACAUCUUCGAUGAACACAACAAUCUCCUCCUCGACCAUGUCUAUACCGGCCGACCACCCUCCCCGAACGUCCUGCUCCCUCUCUACCUAGCCCAUGCGUCCCCCCGACCCUCCCUCAUAUACCUCCCAAACACCAACCCGCCCUCCCUCCUCCACUCCCUACUUCAAGAUCGCCUCCUCUUCCUCUCACCAUGCAGCCACGACGUCGAGCCCCUGCUCGUGGCCGAGUUCCUCCACCGGGUCGCCGACGCAUUGGAGGAUUUCCUAGGUAGUCCACUGCUGGCGAGCAAAAUCGAGGGCAGCUACGAUGUCGUAGCCCAACUGCUCGGCGAGAUGUGCGAUGCGGGUAUCGUCGCGACUACGGAACCGAACCCGCUGAGAGAUGUCGUGGAGGCGCCGAGCUGGAUGAAGAGCUUGCUUGGGAGUGCGGGGCUGCCUAGUUCCUCUCCCGCUCUCAGUGGCCCCACAUCCACCCCAUCCUUCCUCCCCCCCCCCCCCCCCCCCCCCCCCACCAGCACUACCGCCCCACCCCCCUGGCGCCGCCAUAACGUCCGCCACACCUCCAACGAACUCUACGUCGACAUCCUCGAGACCCUCAGCGCGACCUUCUCGCCCUCCGGCCUGCCCCUCUGUGCCAGCGCCUCCGGCACCAUCGCCUUCACCUCCAAAGUAAGCGGCAUCCCCGACCUGCUCCUCAUCCUCUCCGCGCCCGGCGGCGGCGGCAUCACCAGCGUCUUCGAGAACCCGGUCUUCCACCCCUGCGUCAGACUAGCGCGGUGGAGGGACCGGCCGGGGGAACUGAGUUUCGUCCCGCCGGACGGACGGUUCGUGCUCGCGGGGUACGGAGCCGAUUUGCUGGGCCGGGAGUACCUUGCCGAGUUGGGAAAGGGCGUUGAUCCGACGAAGGCGCAGGCGAGGCUCGGGUUGCCUGCUACGUUGCACGUCAGCACCGCGCUGGGGAGUAUGGGCGACGAGUUUGAGGUCCGCUUGAGUCUGAACCCGCGGUUUGCGAACGCCAAGGGCGGCGCGGGUGCGUCGGCGGCGGCAUUUGCCCCGUCGUUGGGGACGGCGAGUGGAGGGUUUGGAGGCGGGAAUGGUGGGCGUCCUAAACCGUUGCCCUUUGCGAUGGCGACGAAGGCGGACUCGGCGAACCCGUCGCUUGCGGAUGCGGUGGUGAGGGUCCCGGUCCCGCCGGGCGUUAGAAAUCUGGUCGAGCUGAAGGUGAACCGGGGAGAGGCGGUUUAUGCGCCUGGGGACCGGGUGCUGGAGUGGAGGGUCGGGCAGAAAGAUAUUGCGGCGCUGCUGGGCGUGGGCGCUGGGGUGGCAACGCUGAGGGCUACAGUCGUUGGGAUGGCUGAAGACGAGGAGCCGGCUGAUGACAGUGGCGGCGGGAUGACAGGAAUGAAAGGGGAGACGUGGGAGUAUGAUGAUGCCGCACCGAUGGGCGCUUACCAGGCCGCUAGCACGAGGAAGGGGAAUGAGAAGGACAUGAAGGUGGCGGCGGAGCAGAGAGAUGCGAAGGCGGUGCGAAAGAAUGCGCUGCUCAUGCCCUCGGAGGCCACACUGUCAUUCCGAGUCAAGGGAUGGUUGGCUAGUGGAAUCAAAGUCGAAAGGCUUUCGGUAGAUACGAAGGCGAGUCGGGGGCUGGGGGCGGGCGUACAGCCGUACAAGGGCGUGAAAUACCUUACUGUGAGCGAUGAGGGAAUAGAAGUUCGUUGUUGA